UCGCGGGAGGGGGGGCUCGGUCCGCGCCCCAGCGGCUUCGGGACAGCGACCACCGGCCCCACACUCCCCAGGGCCGGGGCAUCGAACAGGAAGCGGGGGGACGUGCGCCCUGCGAGACCGAGGGGGGAGGGCUGGCCGGCCGCCCCGCACGCAGGCACAGGUGACUGGGGAGCGGAACCCGGAGGGCAGGGUGGCGAUGACAGCGACGCGGCCCGCGGAUGGACGCGGGCCCAGGCCCCAAGCGCCAGCCCCGAAGCAGAGGAGUGCCCCGGAGGUGUCGACGUCUUCAGGUGCCACCCGAGCUUUUCUCUUGGGACUCCUCAUGGGUGCCUUUCCGCUCAGUGAAAGUAGCUCUUCACACCUCGGGAUCUGCCAGGGCUAUCCUGACUUCCGGAGAGAACCACAAGGCCAAAUCCAUAGUCCGCCUUCUCAAGGGACGGUGUAUAGCAGCUGUAGCUGGAUUAUCCUGGGGGGACUGGAGGACAUUGUCUACAUCAGGUUCCAGCGCUUUUCUCUCUCCUGUGGCUCCGAAGUGCUAAUGAUUCGUUCGCCUGCUCAGCCUCCGAAGAAGAUCUGCGGCUACAAAAGUCCGGAGCCCCUCCGGAUCAAAGGUGGCAACGUGACAUUAACGUACAGCUGGAAGUUCAUGAGGGGAAAUGGAUUUCAGCUGAAAUACCUGAGAGAAUCCAAAGCCAGGCCUCCCCCGAUGUGCAACGUCACUCUGGACAACUUCUACGGGGUCAUCUCUUCCCCGGCAUUUGCCUUGGACUCACACCUGGGCGCUGCGGACUGCCAGUGGGCCCUGGACACCCACGACAGCCGCCCUCUGUCCAUCCGCUUCACCGUCCUCGAUUUGGACGUCGGGGACUCGCUGCGCGUGUACGACGGGGUGCCCGGAGCCCCUCUGCACCCCCGGCUGCUACGCAACCUGGACUACACCAGCAACCACAAGGUGGUGUCUGUGGACUCGCCGUCCAGCCGCGCUUGGGUCACGUACCAGGCCGUGCCGGGAACGGCGGGCCGCGGCUUCAACGCCACCUACCACGUACGGGGCUUCUGCGUCCCGUGGGACUUCCCUUGCGGCAGCGGGGAUGGCGAGGGCGCCACGUGCUACAGCGCCGCCGAGCGCUGCGACGGGGUCUGGGAUUGCGCCAACGGCGCCGACGAAGACGGCUGUCACGGAUGCCUGCCCGGGCAAUACGCCUGCGGAGGGCGGGGGAUCGGCGGCGCCGUCUGUUACGGGCCUGCGGACCGCUGCAACUACCAGACCUUCUGUGCCGAUGCCGCUGACGAGCGCCACUGCUAUAGCUGCCAGCCCGGGAACUUUCGGUGCCGGGACGGCCGCUGCAUUUACGAGAGCUGGGUGUGCGACGGGCAGGCGGACUGUGUGGAUGCCUCCGACGAGGCCGAUUGCGCCUACAUCCUGCCACGCAAGGUGGUGACAGCGGCUGUCAUCGGUAGCCUGGUCUGCGGCCUUCUCUUGGUGAUCGCGCUGGGCUGCACCUGUAGGCUUUACGCCCUCCGCAACCACGAAUUUGGUAUCUUGGCUCCCGUGUCACGGAUGGAGGCGCGGAUGAUGCAACGCCAAGCGCCCCCCUCCUAUGGGCAGCUCAUUGCGCGGGGCGUUAUCCCCCCUGUCGAAGGCUUCCCUACGGAGCAUUCCAAUCAGAAUUCGAUGCUGGGAAGCUUGAGGUCGCUCCUCUGCGCACUGCGUCACGACCCGGCCACCGCCGCCCCCGGGGGACACCGCCCACAUCGCAGCCGUUUCGUGCGCCGGCUGGUGAGGCGCAUGCGCCGGAUGGGGUUGCUCUCUCGGCCCGCUCCAGCGUCCCCUUCUUCCGCCGCUGCCACCAGCUCACCCUCGCAUGCAGUUCCUGACGCCGUGCCGGAGCCUUCCCCGGGGGAUGGAGAUGCACCGUCCGCCCCACAGGGAGACCAAGCACCGCCGCUCCCGCAGAAAGUCCCGCCUGCUCCGGCUGAACCCGCGCCGGAGCCCCCGGCGCCCCCUCCGGGGCCCCCUCCGCGGCUCUCGGGAAUGAUGCGCACACUCCGGCUCCGGCUGUUCUCCCCAGCGCCACCCUGCUUCGUGGAGGCCCCGGACCCUCUCAGUGCCCCCCCGUCCCCCGCGGAUGAGGAUGAUGUGCUUUUGGUGCCUCUCGCUGAGCCGCACCUGGCGAGCAACACUUCCCCUGUGGCCUGGGAGGCUGACGACGAGCCCCUUUUGACAUGAGAAGCCUUCCUCACAGCCAAGGCUGGCGGGUCUCUGUUUCAUCAUGGGGCAGAGAUAGCCGUGGUGCCAGUGACAAACGCCCAGGAAAACGCUUCCAGGGCCCCCCCCACUUCCCUCCCUUCUUUUCCAAAAGCAGCAGCUUGGGAAAAGAAAGAAAAUUUAAUUCCCUGUCAGUUAAGGUGCGUGCCGGGGGGGGAAGGUCACAAAGACGUGUUGCAUUUUGGCAUACCAGUGGAAUCACGAUUCUGCUUGGGGAUAAUUGUUCCUCAAUUCGGUGUGUUAAGGGGAGAAGGAACAGGGUCCCGUCCCACCGAAUUCUCUUGACAUUCGUAAGAGCCACUAGUGACAGGUUUUGCUUCAGCUGGCACUGAAAUUCUCGCUUGUGUAGAAAUACGUGCCCUUGACAUUUUAAGAAAUGUUCUUAAAGAGUGAGGAGGAGGCAAUGGAAAUGAAAUAUGUUCCAGGGGGUGACACCAGAGAUAUUUGUCUGCCUAAAGUGAAGGAAGCAAAGAUAUCUGUGUAGCAAUCAGAAGUAACCCUUGAAGGCAAUAAUUUAAUUGGCUACACGUCAAUGUUUGUGAAGUUACAGAAUGAUUCAGAGAAGGGGAGACGGCUGAAAACAAAUAAAGCGAUUCCACUAGAACAACAUUUGAAUGGAAAAACAUUUUAGUUAUGCACUCCUAUGCAUGUUUACUCAAAAGUAAUUCCCACUUUUUCACUGGGGUUUACAUGAAGGUAACUAUGUGUAGGAUUGCUGCCUUAGAAAUAAAGCUGGUAAAUAUUUUGACCUUUUAUUGAUAGAUGUUUUGUAAGUAAAUUAUUUUUAAAGGCACAGCAAAUGAAAUAAAUUACAUUUUGCACUUGGAGUAUCCAAUCAGCUGUAAAUAUGGAAAACUUUGUAUGAAGGAUAUAAGAAAUCUUUAAAGGGUAGUGACUCAUUAAGUAUCUAGUAGUGAGAAUUGCAGAUUAUUUCCUUCUGGCAAAAAAGAAGGCAAACUGACAACGCAGAUCCUGAUAAAUAGAAAAUUAAUGUGAUUCAGUGUGUGUUCAUGUGUGUAGAAAUAUAUAUUUAUAUAUAUGAAAAAAUAGAGCUUAAAAGAUGAAGUUGAUUUCUGCCUGCUUAAAAAAGAUCGUUUUUAAAAGACUGGUUUUGGGAUUAAGGUUAAGGUUUGAGAUUAAGGAGGUUAAAAUUUCAUUCAAGCCAGUGAUGAUGGAGAGAAGACUCUAUUCUAGGUAUUAUUUCAGAGUAGCUAACAAUUAGCAAGAAAUCAAUGGGACUAAACUUAAUCAUGACUAACUUAAGUGCUAUUAUUUCAGUGAGUCUUCCCUAAAUAAGGCAUCAGAUGUCUGGGACCAGUUCAAUCAUUCUUAAUAUAUUAAAAAUAACAGGUGGUGGUCUUAGGCUAGUGUUUUAAAGGAACAUGAAAGCACGAAAUCUGUGCUGAAUUUCUUCCUGAAUUUUGUGUUCUUGAAUUAUAAAACAAAAAGUCACCUAAGAUUUGAAAAAAUAUUUUGAAAAGGAGGUUAUAGUAGUAAAUUAUGUUGCCUUGGAAUUGAGUGGGCCAAGUUUAAGCUGUGAGAAUAGCUUUUGCUAAAGAGUUUUGUUUGUAAAAGAAUGAAAUAUAUAUCCAUGUUCAUUUUCUAUCUGAUCCAACGCUCUGUUUAAUUAUUUGUUUUUGCAACAAGAGUCUCAAAACAGCAAGCAUGAGGAGGAGAGUACUGGGAACAAUCAGUCCCAUUGUAAAUAUACAGAUAGAAACCACCCUCUAGAUUAGAUAAAUCUACAAAUACUUUCCAAAUCAAUUUGAUGGCUGUGAUUUGGAUUAGUUUAAUGGGAAGGAAAAACAAAAUCUUUCGAAAGAAUUGGCUGAAUUGGUGCCUUAAUUGCACAAGUUGGGAGUUCCAUUCGAUGGAAAGAAAAAAAGGAAGCCAGGGUGUCGCCACUACAGAGACCCAAUCCACUGAGAUGUUCACUUUUGCAAGUGCCGCUGAAAUUAACUCAUGAUGGGUUUGGUCCCUGAGCUGGUUUAUUGGUGAGGAGAGAGGAAGAGUGUGUGCAUUUGGGUGCUUUUCUAGAGGAGAAUCUUCUCCAGAGAUCCAUGAAUCAGUAAUGAUUUUUACUGGGUAGCAGGAGUUCGUGAUUGGUGGUGGUGAUGUUGAGAUACGCAAGCAAAUACUGGCACUAUGUAUUUUUGCCAUUGCGCUGUGACCACGAACUGGCGCCGUUCUGUUUGUUAUUUCACCUCCUGUUGCCUUUAAAGUUUUGCUAAGAAAUAAAAAAAAGAAAUUUUGAACUGUAA